AUCGAUUAUUUUAAUACCCGCUUAAUUGGUUACAGAAACGAUACAAUAAUCAAAGUGAUUAGUUAAUUGUGUAUUUGUGAAGAUAGUGAAAUAAAUGUAUGUGAUUAAUAUUCUAGUGGAUUAGAUUGUUGAUUAAUUUUCACGUUCUUUGAUAAUCAAGGAUUUGAUGAAGAUGAUUAAGGUUAAUGAUUUAAUCGAAAGGUUGAAAGAAUAUGUUUUUCCAUUGGAAGUUAAUUGUGACUCGAAAUCAUGAGACAAUUAGAGUUACCGAUAAAUUGUAUUCUAUUGAUUAGUUUGGUGAUUAAAUUUUGUUGUGGUGAAAUUUUAACAAUUGAUUCUGAGCAAAUUGAAACUUUCGCUGAGAUUUACAAAGAUUGUCGAGAUUAUCGUAAGUUAAAUCAACGAUGUUAUGGUUGGUCAUCUGUAGAUGACCAUAAGUGUUUUAAAUCGUCAACAUGUGAUUACCUGGUCAUCGUUAGGGUGCUCAGCGAUUCGUUGGACACUUUUUCGCCGAGUGAAUCGGAAUCACCUUCGAUAUCAGAGUCACCAUCUUAUGUAGACAUUGGUGAUGAACAAUUGAGUAUAAAUCUUUAUAUUUUCAAGUCUUUAUCAAAUUUUUCGUACAACUUUUGGCUGACCAAUGGACAGUCAAAGUAUUUAUACCAAUGUCAAGUUGAGUGUGAAAGUGAUUGUGAUGAGCCAACACAAACACCGGACCUUUGGAGGUCAGAGAAAAGGAUGAAACAAUUAGAUGUACCAGGAAUCGAUGUACCUAUUUUUGGGUGUUCUUGGUCAGUUUCUCAGCGGAAUUCAGAGUGGCCUUUGAACGAGGAAAACAAACCCAUUGACCUGGUCUAUUCUCACUAUUGGUUAGUCUUAGGAUCGGUAUUCAAAUUGGACGAAAAUUUCGAUAAACAGAAAUCAAGAGAUUUACCAUUAUACCAGUGGAAGUAUUUGUAUCAGGGUUGUGACAAUGGAAGAAAAUUUUGCUUUGGUACCGAUAAUUGUGUCGAAAGUGCUUCUUGCUCCGAGUUAUUGAUAAUUAAACUCAGAGAAUAUGAUUCUCUGUAUCAUGAUUAUCUGUUCAUGGUACCAAUGGAAAAAUCGUCUUACACCAUUGAUAUCAAACCAUCAAAAAGAUUAUUAACUUUUCAAGAUGAUAAGAAGACAGAAAUGACCAAUGGUCAAUCAAUUUCUCUUGCCAGUGAACAAUUAUUAUCGAUACGAAGUCAAUGUGAUCAAAUUAGUUGUCGUCACAAGAUAAUCUCACCUGACAAUUCAUUGGAGAAAAAAAUUGACGAUCAAUUAUUAGCCCAUAGUGAUAAUAAAGUAAUUGGAUCAACACGUAAGUAUAUUUGGUCAUUACCUUUGGAGUUUGAUAUUGAUGGACAAUUAACAUUCAAUGGUAGAAAUACAAUGUAUCAGGUGACAAUUAGAUCAAACAAUUUGACUUUAAUUGAAUCAAAGAUUCCAGGUCUUCCUGGUUACUCACUAAGAGAAGAUAUUUACAAAGAAUGUGAAACAAUUAACUUAUCCAAUCAACAAUUAGCAAGUUCAUCGAUUUGUUUUGGUCUAAAUAAAGACAAUCCCAAGCAAGAGUGUCUCAAAUGUUCAACUUGUUCAAUGGUAGCGAUACUCAGGCCAUUGUUAACACCGAUCGCCAGCAAUUUAACUAAUCAUCAUGGGAUUGAUUCUGAGGCUAUUGAAUUACAGUUAUUUGGAAAUGACGAUGAAACCUCAUCGAUUGGUUUGAAUUUCAUUUACAAUAACGACGAUGGGUCAGCAUUUAGUUAUCAAUGUUUGACCAACAAGAGACAAGAUCAAUCACAAUUAGUUGAAAAUAAAUCAGGACAAAAGAAAAUUCAAUUCGCAAAUGAAGCCUAUGGUUCAAUAUAUUGUCGAUUUAUUAUCUCAGAGAAUCAAGGUACUUGGCCAAUCAUGAGAAAUGGCGAAACAAUUAACCUAAUCAAUGAGAAGAUUCCGAUCACAAUUAACUGGAAUUACUAUUCAAAAAUGGUCGAUCCAAAUGGUUCACUUAAUCCAGUUCAUAGAUUUAAUUAUCUUUACCAAUCUUGUAAAGGCGAAGAAAAUAUUUUAUGUAUCGGUUUUAAUGAUUGUAUUAAUCAUCGUAAUUGUACCAAUUUAGUUGUAAUCAAAUACGAUGGUAGUGGUCAUUAUCCUCGAUCCUUGUUGACCACUUCGGGAAAAGGGAAAAGGACAAAAUCAAAAUCUUCGGGUAAAAAGAAGGACUCGGAAAAGGAUGAGGACGAUUCGCAUGGACUAUUGAAUUGGGCAGUUUAUUCAGCCGAUGAUAGUGAUUCGUUGAUUGUUUCAUUUUCGGGUGACAAUUUGUACGGUGAUGAUUACGCUAUCAUGUGCACACCGAGUGGAUUCAGUGAACAUUAUAUUUGGGAAACAGGGAAAUUGAAGCCAAUCCGGGAGAAAAUAAUUCUUAACUCAAAACGGAAUCAACAAUUGGUUCCAGGUUCAGGGGGAUCGGGAGGAUUUCGGUGCUUCUGGUCAAUGCCUGGACUAUUUUCCGUUUUCUUUCAAAACUAUCGAUUCGAUGUUAUCACCGAUACGGUUUACAUGAAUGUCACCUUUCAGAGGGAUAAAAAAGCCACUCAGGCAACCAGAAUUUUCACCACCCUCCCUGGUUUCAGGGGAAACUCAAGACCAAACUCUGGAUUCAAUUGCUACUUAUCAUUAGUGAACAAAAUUUUGUUCAUCCUGCUCUUGAUUAUCAAUCAAAUUCACACUUUUCCAGGUUAAUUGUUGGCAAUACAACUGAUCAACUUUGUUCAUUGAUUGUUUCCAAUGAAAACAAAUCAGUUUCCGCUUCAAUCAAUAACCAUUAAUAAAUUGUAACUGUUUGUGUUUCCUCAACAAUCAAUGUUUUUGAUUAACUUGAUCACCAUUAACAAACAAUUAUCAUGA